UCUCUCUCUCUCUCUCUCUCUCUCUCUCUCUGUCUCCCUUUCUCUUUCUCUGAGUCCCAGCCCCUGAAGGUGUCAUAACUGUGCUCUCUCUCUGUCUCUCUCUCUCUCUCUCUCUCUCUCUCUCUCUCUCUCUCUCUCUCUCUCUCUCUCUCUCUCUCUCUCUCUCUCUCUCUCUCUCUCUCUCUCUCACUCACUCACUCUCUAUCACCGCCUUUCAGAUCUUUAAAAGCUGGUGCUUUGCUGUGUCUCUCUCGAUCUCCAUUUGUCUCCUCUGGCACUGCAGGGGACUCAACCAGCAAAGCACCAAGGAAAGCUACUGUAUAGAAACGGGGAGAAGACAGAAAGGGAAAGAGAGUAAGGGAGAAAUAUACAUCCAGAAAUAGCAUCAGCCACAUUUAAGUGACAGAGAGUGACAGAGUGGAGAACCUGAGACCUGGACAGAAAAUGCCUAUCCUUUCUAACUUAACAACCGUUGUUUUGUUGCUGAUUGCUCACUGCGGAUCAUGGACCGGGGCAAACCGCUUGGGCCCCUUCAAGGUCUGUCCCUCCUGCAGGGAUCCACUGGGGGCAGGUCGCCCCCCCAGAGACCAUAAUGUUGCUGGCAGCACGUCAGUGUUGGCCCAGGGAGAGCCCUGUGGUGUGUACACCUUGAGCUGUGCCAAGGGGCUCCGCUGUGUUCCCCCACCAAGGGAGCAUAGCCCCCUUCAGGCUCUGUUGCAGGGAAGGGGCAUUUGCGCCAAGCACAGCAGGACUAGUCCCACUGAGAGGCCCCACCCCACAGGUCCCCAUCCCUCACACGGUGGUGACAUUGAAAAAGCCCCCUGCCGCAAGCUGCUCAAUAGUGUCCUGAGGGGUCUCGAGCUGACAAUCUUCCAGUCGGACCGUGACAUCUACAUACCCAACUGUGACACUCGUGGCUUCUACAGGAAAAAGCAGUGCCGCUCCUCCAAGGGCAUGCAGCGUGGCAACUGCUGGUGCGUGGAUGAACUCGGCACGCCCGUGCCCUCACGUGCCAGCGAGGAUGGCACUUUACCAUGCGAUGGGGAGUGAGGGAUGAGUCCGUCCUAUUGCUCUGAGCCUGGAGGAAGAGGAGAAGGUGGAGGAGGAGGAGGAGGAGGAGGAGGUGGUGGUGGUGGUGGUGGUGGUAGAGGAGCAGGAGCACAGGGAGAGGGGGUGGCUUUAGCAUGUGCUAGACACUGCCUGGACAGGAGGUAGCAGGGAUAAACCACUUCCUAUGGAAAAUACACACCAGUUAACGUUCAUGUCCUCUCUAGAAGCAAGACACACACACUCUCACAGUCCAGCAGCAGCAACAACAACAUCUGCCUGAAUGUUCGACAGUUGCAGCAACGUCCUCUGCGUCGUCCGGUGACAUGCUGCAUGCUCACAUUAAUGCUCUGUGAACUGCCUCAGUGAUCCAAAGCGGUAUUACUCCGAAUGGUCUCUAUAUUCCCUGGCUCUUGUCCUGGCUUUCUGGUAGAUUUUGAUUUCCCUUUUUACUUUAGGAUAGCUGACACUGCCUGUGUUUGUUCUGAUCUCAGUGGGCUGAAAUACUGUUACGCAGGUGAUGUGACACAAGUGUUUGAAAAAUGUGUCUCCCUCACCGUCCUCUCUCCCUCUCUCCAAAGAUACACUGAUAUCAACAUACCUAAUUGACAGAAUAUUUCUUAUUUCUAUUAAUUUAUUUUUGAGUAUGUGUUUCCAUCAAGUACUGCUUGAAUCUUACAGUAUCUUAUAUAUAAGUCAAGUCAGAAAAAAAUAGUCAUACGAAUACGAUCCUGGAUGCUUCUGUUGAUUUUAUUUGUCAAAAUGGCGUUCUGACUGCUUAUUAGUUGAUUGUUUGUACAUAUGUUGGAAUUUUGUGGUCGACUGUGUGUUCUGAAGUGGCAGACAAAAAGCUUACGGCUGUUACCCUUUUCAAAAAGUUGUAAGGCAUAUUUUUAUACACGUCAAUAUAAUAUUUUAUAUAUGAAUUGCUGGUUUAUUUAAUGAACUACAGUACAAUGCCAUGUAUUUUUAUAUUGUCAGCAGUUUCUUAUUUAAAGACAGAGAUUAUUUUAUUUCAUGUUAGGGGAAGUGUUGUGCUUUAAAGGCACCUUUAUGG